AUGGCGUCGAGAAUCCAGACUCUAUCGUCAGCGAGCUCACGAUAUUCCCGCAGCCACAUCCUUCCCCAGAGAAUGCCAUCGCACGCUCCAACUGACGCUCGCAUGGUUCGCCCUGUCAACCAGUCCAGGCAGCCACUCCUCAAUCUAGCCAGCAAUGUCUGGUUCAACAAACCCUUAGACCACAACAAACCAUCCAUGAGCGGUUCCAACUUGAUUCUUGCCCUCAUCACAGCCCCGCGCUUCCGGCGCUACCUCAUCGUUUACCUGGUGCUUUGUUGUAUCUGUGGACUUGGCUGGGUUGGGAUUGCUUCGCCCAGGCUAAAGGAGCACAAGGAGGUACUCAGGGCGCUGGACGUGAACAACAGACAGCGGGUAGGCGGAUGGUUCGGGUCGAAUUCAUUGCCGAAAUUCACAGAUUUGGUGCACUUGGAGGCUUUGGACGAGAGGCUAUUACCGUCGGCGAGACAGGGUGGGAACGGCGGAGUACUGACGGAGCAGAGAAGGUUGAUUUUUGUGGGCGAUGUACACGGGUGUAAAGAUGAGUUGGAUAGCCUCCUCGACAAGGCCUCCUUCAAUCGUCAAACCGACCAUCUAAUCUUCACCGGUAACAUUAUAACAAAUGGCCCGAAGAGCGUCGAAACCGUCCAACUUGCUCGCAAAUACAACGCCUCGUGCGUGCGUGGGAACAAUGAAGACCGCAUCCUACUUUAUCGCCGCGAACUCCUGACCACAGGCGUUCUUACAGGCCCCAAUCCCAGACCCAACGCCAAAUUUGAGUCUGAAGGUAGCGCGUUUGAAGCCGGUAAAACUAAACCUCCCGAAGGAGACCAAGAGAUCCUUCCGUAUGGAGAUUACAAAGAGCACGUUCUAGCACAGAAGCUAAGUGAUGAUGACGCAGCGUGGUUACACAAAUGCCCUGUAAUUCUCAAGGUAGGACAAAUUAACGACUUGGGGGAAGUCGUCGUAGUACAUGGCGGCCUUGUGCCCGGCGUCGAGCUGGAAAAUCAGGACCCGUUAGCUGUGAUGACGAUGCGGACUUUGGACGUGGAUACGCAUGUCCCUAGUCCAAGGGCAAAAGGCAUGGAUUGGGCAAAGAUCUUUAACAAACAACAAUCUCUCACUGUUUCCACCUCCAAAAAUCCCCCCAGCUCUCAGCUAACAACUGUAAUAUACGGUCACACACCUCACCGUUCGCCGGCAAUCCGAAGGUUUACAAAGGGCCUCGACACCGGAUGCGUGAGGGGCGGGAAACUCACUGCUUUCAUCAUCACUGAAGGGGGUAAGACGAGGAUUGAGCAAGUGGGAUGCAAAAAUUACGUUUCAAAGCGAAGAUAA